GGCGGCCGCGGGUUCCUGGGCCCGCGCGUGCCGGCCGAGGUGGAGGCCAUGGCCCGGGGAGUGCAGGACGUGGGCAAGGAGACCUUCCGGAGGCUCCUCAAAGUCACUGUUAAUGCAUUGGAAGGAAAAGACUGCAAGGAAUCUGUCAGGCUGAUUGCAGAAAGUGCUAAUCUUUCAGAAGAGCAACUUGCUUUCCUCAUUUCUGGCAUGUACACCCUCCUCCGAGAAGCAUUGAGACUCCCUUUAUCAACUUUCAAACAAGAAGUUUUUAAAGAAGACUUGAAGGAGCUCAGAAUACCAGAAGAUUUCAUUGUGGACUUUUCCAGUGUAGUCUUUGGUAACAGGCGUCCCACUUCCGAAGGCACAGCUCUGAUACGAAGAAGUCGGCUACCAAGCAUCCAGGACUUCAAGUGGAGAGUGGAUGUUGCUAUAUCCACAAGUUCACUGGCCCGUGCACUCCAGCCAUCCAUUCUGAUGAUGAUGAAGCUUUCAGAUGGGACAGCUCAUCGCUUUGAAGUGCCAGUUGCCAAGUUUCAAGAACUGAGAUACAAUGUUGCCCUUAUACUGAAGGAAAUGAAUGAUUUGGAGAAGAGGAGCAUCCUGAAGAUCCAAGACUAAACACUUCUAAAUUGAGAGUUUAUGGAAGAGAUCUGAAACCCUCAGCAUGUUUUGUGAAUGCAAAACAGGGGACCAUCACCACUUUGCCUCUAUGAACUUCAAUGUGGCAUUUAUGAUGUCUGCUGUAAAUAUUUUUUUCCAAUCCAAGUGUUAAAAGCUCAAACUCUUUUUGUAAGACUUAAGAAAAACAAAACAUUUAUCUAUGAAAAAGUAUAAUGUUGUUUGUGAACAUUUUUGCAUGAUUCAUCAAAACUUUUUUUUAAAUAACUGUCUUAAUAGAUGUAAGAGUCAUUUAUUUCUGAUUAUGAUUCAUAACUCUAAUUUUUUUUAAAGUGUGCUACCGGAAGCCCUAGCAAUGUGUAUGUAUCACAAGAAAACUGCAAUAUUUCAAAUUAAAAAAAAAAAAAAAAGAUAACAAACCCACUCCUGCCUUCUAGUAUGACAAAUGUGAUCUUGAGUUUUGCAUAAAAUUGUUGCCUCUUUUCUUACUAUGUGACUAAGGUUUAGCUAUGGAUAUUUAAGGGCUAAUUUGGAAGAAAAUUGGAAGUCUGUGGAUCAAGAAAGAAGUAUCAUCUGGGUUUCCAGGACUAAUUCCAUUGAAUUACUGCAGUGGGAAGGUGAAAUCUGUUUCUUUAUCUGGUUUAUCAGAAUGGGCUAAAUAGUAGUAAUCUCAUAGUUUUGUAGCUGGAAAUGCCUGCCUCUUGUUUCAUGUGUUGCCUGUGUGUUUGAUUCCAUGAAAUCAGCUGCCACGACUAGGCAGAAACCUCUGACCCUGCAGUGGUGGUGAGCAGCAAGAGGCAGUGAUCUUGUAACCCACUAGAGCUCAUCAAUUGUGCAGAUGAAGGGGCUGCCUACAGCCUCUGGGAUGGAAGUCACAGGUAUGAGGCUAUCCAAGCCCCUGGACUGAAAGUAGAGUUAAGCACAGGCUGAAGUUUCCUGAGUUGCUCAGGUAUUUGGACUGGAUGGUCAUUGUAGGUCCCUCCCUUUCUACUGGAAGUCUGUUCUAAGUUACUCCUUUGGUCCAUGAGUUUACCUUGGAAGGACUCCCUUAAUGUGAAACAUGUUUCAUUUAAAUGCUGUGGGACCACAUAUAUGUCUGUAAAAGCUUUGCUAAAAAUGGAAUAAUGCCUCACUCCUUGCCUGAAUGAAUUUUCCCCAGCAGCAAAGGGAGGCUGAGAGCAAUUGCCCAAAGACCGCAGGCUGUGGCUCUAGGACUCAGUUUGUCAGAAUCAGAUGUACUUUAGAAUGCACAUGCCACUGCUACUGUUAAGCAUUGGCUUAUUCUAGUAAAUUGCAGGGUUUCUAUCACAGUAAUAGCACCCAUAUUUGUGUCUUUUAUGUUUUAUGAUUGUAGAACUUGCCUUUAACUUCUUCACCCCCUGCAGAAGAAUACUGAAAUUAAAAUUGUGGAUUAAAGAGGCCUUUUACACUCCCACAGAUGUUUGUGUAGGAAAGGAUGACUUGCCUUUUGGAUUUAAAAAAUCACAACAAGCAUAGUAAGACUUAUUUGUCAUUUUUCUAAAGAGGAGACUUCUUUGACAGCAGUCCAUUCCAAUUUAAAGACAGCUGAAUAGCUGUGGUCCGGAAUGCUUUUAAAACCUGUGCAAGAAUGUGUCCUGUAGUUUGAAAUAAACCAUCAGCCAGGAUUUCAAAUUGUUCAAAA